UGUAAAGCCGCCGUCCAAGGUUCCAAAAACUCGUGAAUAUUGAAUGGUCUAGAUGUUUGCAUACAACCAUACAAACAUUAGACAAAAUUAACACACAUCAAUGUCAACACAAGGACAAACCUUCCCACCCUAUAAUCUUCCCAAAACCUCUCGAUCCGAGAAUCCGAAGAUGACGCUAAUUACACCAUUAAUCAACUAAUCAACCCUUAAUUAAUUCUACUAAUCCGUCAAUCGACCGACCCCCUUUUUUUUUUGGUCGAAUCCCCCAACACAACAAACGGACUUAACGACAACCCCAAACGGAGUACCUAACGAGGAGGAUUUCCCCACACGUGUCAACUCCUCACCCACCCCCCAACACGCUCGCACGCAUCCCCUUCCCCCUCUAAAGUUAUCAAACUUUCCGUCUCAUUUUCCCUAAUUUUCUCUCACUUUCUCGCACUUUCUCUCUAACCAAACAAUUUUCUCUCUCACCAAACAAUUUUCUCUCUCUACUAUCUCUCCUCUCUCUCUGACAAAGCUUUCUGCAAAACUCACUGUACAGGCGUUUGGUUGUCUUUCUCGCUUUUCUUUGUCGCUUCCCGCUCGAAGGCUUCCGAGCUUUUUAUAUUCUCCCUAUCGACAAUCACACACUUCCUCCCUCCUCCUCCUCUACCAGUCAUGCUUCAGAGCUUAGUUCCUCAAUCCCCAAUCGCCGCCGCCACCCCUAGCAAUAACAACCCUACCUCCUCCUCCUCCUCCAUGAAGACCAAGCGCGUCGACCGCGACCUCGCCGGCAGUGGAAGCGGCGAUUCCGACGCCGAAGACCCCUCCUUCACCAAACGCCCCAAUUCCGGCAGAAAUUUCCGCGAAAGCACUGCCGACGAUCGUGACACCGAACCGGUGGCGGAGGGCGAGUCGGACGGGUUGAGACUGUUGGGGCUUCUGCUACAAUGCGCCGAGUUCGUCGCCAUGGACAGCCUCGACGACGCCAGCGACCUGUUACCUGAGAUCGCGGAGCUAUCAUCGCCGUUUGGGUCGUCGCCGGAACGAGUCGGCGCGUAUUUCUCGCAUGCGCUUCAGACUCGCGUGAUCAGCUCCUGCUUAGGUACCUACUCUCCGCUCGCCAACAAAACCCUAACGCUUGCUCAGUCGCAGCGGAUCUUCAACGGGCUCCAAUCCUACAACUCCAUCAGUCCGCUAGUCAAAUUCUCACACUUCACGUCCAAUCAGGCGAUUUUCCAGGCGCUGGACGGCGAGGAUCACGUCCACGUCAUCGAUUUGGAUAUAAUGCAAGGCCUCCAGUGGCCAGGACUGUUCCACAUCCUCGCAUCGCGGUCGAAGAAGAUCCGGUCAAUGCGGAUAACCGGGUUCGGGUCCUCCUCGGAGCUCCUCCAGUCGACCGGACGGAGACUCGCCGAUUUCGCGAGCUCGCUCGGCCUGCCCUUCGAGUUCCAGCCGCUGGAGGGCAAAAUCGGGAGCAUAACCGACCUAAGUCAACUCGGAAUCAGACCGAGCGAGGCCACCGUGGUCCACUGGAUGCACCAUUGCUUGUACGACGUCACCGGCAGCGAUUUGGCGACGCUGAGAUUGCUGGGCUCGCUGAGACCGAAGCUGAUCAUGAUCGCCGAGCAGGAUUUGAGCCACAGCGGCAGCUUCCUGAGUAGGUUUGUGGAGGCCUUGCAUUACUACAGCGCGCUGUUUGAUGCGCUCGGGGACGGGUUGGGCGCAGACAGCCUGGAGAGGCAUAUGGUGGAGCAGCAGCUGUUUGGGUGCGAGAUUAGGAAUAUCCUGGCGGUUGGCGGGCCGAAGAGAACCGGGGAGGUGAAGGUGGAGAGGUGGGGGGAUGAGUUGAAGCGGGUUGGGUUUGGGCCCGUUUCGCUUGGCGGGAACCCGGCGGCGCAGGCUAGCUUGUUGCUUGGGAUGUUCCCGUGGAAGGGGUACACUCUGGUGGAGGAGAAUGGGUGCUUGAAGUUGGGUUGGAAGGACCUCUCCUUGCUCACAGCCUCUGCCUGGCAGCCGUUGGAUUGAAAUACUUUGACCAGCAUGAUACAGUGGGGAGGAGGAGUUGUUUUUCACUUUGCUGUAAUUCUUUGAAGGAGCAAAACAUUGUAGUUAGUUUUUUUUUUUUUUUCGGUUCUUUGUUAUAUGUUUAAAGAAAAGAAGAAGGCGGUGCUGUCUACGCAUCUAUUUUUACUUCUCA